AUGGGCUUCCUCACAGACCACCCGUACACCGCGAUCACAGUCACCAUCGACCGGCUCGUCACCGAGGACUUUGAAGAGGACGAUGUCGCUGGCGUAUUUGAUCUCAUCGAGACCAUCAGGCUGAGUCCGACCGGACCUACCGAAGCUGCGCGGGCGCUGCGCAAAAAGCUCAAAUACGGAACAGUUCACAACCAGCUCCGCGCUCUGACUCUCAUGGACGCGCUGAUUGAGAACGGGAGCAAACGAUUCCAAGCCUCCUUCGCCGACGAACCUCUCCUCGAGCGCAUGCGCAUUCUGGCAACAGACAACUUCACCGACAUCAAAGUCAAGAAAAAACUAAGCCAGCUGUUCCUCAAAUGGGCAAGCAAGUACAAAGACGUGCAAGGCAUGCACCAGCUCUGCAUGCUCUACAAGCAACUCCCGCAGCGGAAACGCGCGCCCGCAAAGCGCCAGCCGCGGUUCGUCGAUAUGGACGAUGACAUGGACGACGACGAGGACGACGACGACGGUAAUGCUGAGGACGACGACGACGACGACGCGCCACCGCCGAAACCAACCCGGCCGAGAGCGAGCUCGGGCGCGGCAGGUCCAAGCACCAGAUCCGAACGAACAGGCCGCUCAAGUCGGCCCUCGUCGCCCGCCCCGCGCAAGUCAAAGACCUCCGCCUCGACCUCGCGCGUGUCGAGCACGGCGGCGGGUAGUACCCCGCGCGGGUCCAAACGCCCGACGUUUGAUUUACAGAAAGAAAAACCGCUGCUGAUGCGCACGCUCGCGGAAGCAGGCACUGAAGCCACGAACUUGCAGAACGCACUGAAGCUCGUGAACCGCGAGAAGGAGCUGUCGACGGACAAUAUCCGCGCGACCGAGUGCUUCAACAAAUGUCGCAAGUUGCGCCGGCUUGUUUUGCGGUUCAUCCAGCACAUCGAGUCUGAGGAUUACAUCGGCUCGCUUAUCCACGCCAACGAGGAACUCGUCGCCGCGCUGCAGUUGUAUGAUAAGAUGAGCCAGCCGAUCGACGAGGACUCGGACUCGGAGGAGUACGACAGCGAGUCGGAAGAAGACGAGCUCGAGCGCGAUCUUGCCCGCACAUCCAAGAACGCGACAACCACCCGCCGCUCGGCCUCCGCGCACGCCUCCUCCUCCUCUUCAAGAUCAUCGCACUCGCGAACGCCGUCGGCGGGCGGACAUGUCCCCACGGCGGAGCAGUUGGCGCAUAAGCGACGGCCGCCGCCGAUUCCGGUGAAGAGUCCGCUGCUGUCGGAGUUUAAAGCGAAGAUGGCGAUCAAGGACGAGGAUGAGGUUGAAGAUGAUCCGUUCGGGGACGCGGCGAGGAUCGAGACGCCAAGGGUGGAGAAGAAGGAGAUGAGCUGGAGGGAGGUGUAG